CACUGCUAAAGUUCUGGAGGAUGUGAUGAAGACCAGAGAGGGAGAAAAACUGCCAAAGACUCUGACUGAGAUGUACAUAGCAUUCCUGGAGGUUAACUUCGCAAUCAAGAAGGAAAAGUAUGAUGGAGGAAAAAAGACAAGAUCAAUCUGGAGUCCAGAGAACAAGAAGCUGAUUGAGUCUCUAGGAAAACUGGCUUUUGAGCAGCUGCUGGAGGGAAACCUGAUCUUCUAUGACAAAGAGCUCAAAAAGUGCGGCAUCAACAUCAAAGAUGCUGCGUUGUUCUCAGGAGUGUUCACUGAAAUGUUUAAAAGAGAGAGAGGGACGUGCGACAUCUCCGUCUACUCCUUUGUUCAUCUGAGCAUCCAGGAGUUUCUGGCUGCAGUCUACAUGCUCCACUGUUUCACCAGCAGGAAGUCAGAGGUGAUCAAGACGUUUCUGGGAGAAAAAUACAGAGAAACAUCUCUAGAUGAGUUCAUGAAGGAAGUCAUGGAGAAAUCCCUCAGCAGUGAAAAUGGCCACCUGGACCUGUUUGUCCGCUUCCUUCAUGGUCUCACUGUGGAGUCCAACCAGAGACUCUUAGAAGAUCUGCUGGGUCAGACAGAGAACAGUCCAGAAACCAUCCAGAGAAUCAUCACCAACCUGAAGGAGAUGAACACUGAUGAUAUCUCUCCUUUCCAAGAUACAAUGACCAAUGAUAGAAUCUCUACUGACAGAAGCAUCAACAUCUUCUACUGUCUGGUGGAGAUGAACGACGUCUCAUUUUAUCAGGAGAUCCAACGGCUGCUGGAUUCAGGGACGUAUCUCUCAGUGACUGACUGUUCAGCUCUGGCCUUCAUGCUGCAGAUGUCAGAGGUUCUGGAUGAGUUGGACCUGGAGAAGUACAACACAUCAGAUUAUGAACGACUGAGACUGCUUCCAGCUGUGAGGAACUGCAGAAAGGCUCGACUUGGUGACUGUUUGAUCCAAAAUGCUGAAUGUGAAGUUUUGGCCUCGGCUCUGAAGUCCAACCCAGAUCUGACUGAACUGGAAAUAAAUCAGAUCAACAUACAUGUAGGUGGAGACUCUGAUCUGAAGCCUCUGGUUGAGAUCCUGGAGAGUUCAGUCAGUAAAGUGAAGAUUCUGAGAUUGAAUUACUGCAGUUUGUCAGAGACCAGCUGGACUUCUCUGUUCUCAGCUCUGAAGUCCAACCCGACCCAUCUGACAGAACUGGACCUGAGCGGAACCAACCUGGGAGAUUCUGGAGUGAAAAAGCUCUGUGGUUUUCUACAGACUGAAGGCUGCAGACUGGAGACAUUGAUAUUGUUUGACUGCAGUUUGUCAAAGAUCAGCUGUGAUUAUUUGGUCUCAGCUCUGAAGUCCAACCCGACCCGUCUGACAGAACUGGACCUGAGAGAAAACAACUUGAAGGAUUCAGAUGUUCAGCAGCUGAAGAAUCCUGUAAAGACUUUAAAGUUCGAUGAUUCUGACUUGUUCGACUGAUGAUCUCAGUAAAGUAGAGAAUGGUCUCAACUGGAAAGUUGAUCUUUUUUCUCUCUGAUUCAUUUUCAUCCUGGAACCAGAAAUGGUCUGAGAAUGGAAACAUGGGAAUCAUUUUCAGUUCAGCUUUGAAGCCAUGAAAGACACUUCAAACCUCUUUUCUCUGCUGCUUCUUCCUUCUGCUGACAUGAAAAUGUUCCUCAAAGCUCCACAGAUAAAAAGAUGCUUUACUGGAAACUGCAGAGAAACUUCAGCUUCCAUCACAGAAACCAGUUUAACCAGUUUAGAACUGGAUGUCCUACAGAAACUCUGAUCUUAGAGCAGUUUUCAGGAACAUGUGGAACCUGGAAAAAAAAAAGAUUUUAUAUAUUUUAUGUUCAUUGUAAAAACUAAAUCUUGAAGUUUUACGUCAUCAUUGAUUCUCAGCUUUAAUUUCUCUGUUUGUUUUGGUUUUUACUUUUUUAACUCCAUAUUUCAUGUUUUGAGUUUUCUAGAGAACUUCAGGCUCUUUACUGUGAUUUUACUGAUUUAUUCAAACCUCAGAGAAUCACUGGGAUAAUGUGCUGAUUGGUUCAUGUUUGAUUUUCAUAAUUCUUCUAAUGCAAUGUGGGUUGCUGGAUGUUUAACGACCAAAUAAAGUUUUUUUAAAAAA